AUGGCUCCUCGAUCAUUCAAAAAUACGGUCAUGGCCGUCAGUGGCACUUUUCCGGGCUACAAGCAGGCUGAUAUUAAAGCUCUCGUGGAAAAGCAUGGUGCUACGUUUAGCUCUUCGGUUACCGAUCAGUGUACUCACUUGAUUACUACGCCCAAGGAUGUUGAGAAGAAGGGUACCAAAUACCAAGCAGCUUCCAACUCUGCCACUUGUCAAAUUGUGUCGAUUGACUGGCUAGUGGAAUCAGCGGCCAAGAAGAAGCCCAUUGCUGAAAAGCCGUAUCUGCUAGAUGCGGGCACUACCGCUGAUGUCGCUGCUGCUGAUGGAGCCGAUGACACCAAGCAAAAUGUAAAGAGGCCAACUCGCAAAGCUGCGACAAAGGCCGCCGACAAGGAUUCCAAUGAUGCCGACGGCCAGGACGCCAAUGGGGAUGACAAAAAAGCCGUCAAGAAGGGCGCCAAGUCUGCGUCUGCGACAAAAGCUGAUAAAAAGCGGGCCAUCAAAGAUGAAGAUGAUGAAGAUGAAGCUGAAGACAAGGCCAAGGUCACCAAGAAGCUGAAGAGUUCGCAAAAAGCUUCUUCCAAAUCUGUGGUUGUCCCCGUGGAUGAGAAUUUCAUCUACGAGAAGCCCAACUUCAAGAAUCCCCAGGUCUACAUUGACAAAUCGAACUUGAUCUGGGACGCCACUCUGAACCAGACAAACUCCACUGCCAACAACAAUAAGUUCUACCGCAUUCAGAUCCUGACUACUCCGGAUACCAAGAACUUCGUGGCCUGGACCCGCUGGGGACGCGUCGGUGAGAACGGCCAGUCUGCAUGCCUUGGCGAUGGCUCCCUAGACAGCGCGAAGAAGAACUUUGAAAAGAAAUUCAAGGACAAGAGCGGUCUUGCAUGGAAAGACCGUCUCAGCACUCCUCGGAAUAACAAGUACACUUUCCUCGAGCGCAACUAUGAAGAGGACGACGAAGAGGCCGAAAAGGAGAAGGAAAAGAAGGCUGUCAAGAAGGAGCCCACCGAUGACAGCCCCCCUGUGGAGAGCAAGCUGGAGAAGCCAAUCCAGGACCUGAUGGCCUUCAUCUUCAACCAGCAACACAUCAAUUCCGCACUGGCAUCGAUGUCUUACGAUGCCCAGAAGCUCCCCCUGGGCAAGCUCAGCGAGAGAACUCUUAAGGCGGGUUUCUCUGUGCUUAAAGAGCUGGCCGAGUUGCUGGUCGAUCCAUCCCUCGCGAUUUCCCGCUAUGGCACUACCCUUGGACCUGCUCAAGAGAGCUUGAGCAACCGGUACUUCACCCUGAUUCCCCAUGUCUUCGGCCGCCAACGACCCCCGGUCUUGGUCUCAGACGCUAUGAUCCGGAAGGAAGUCGAGCUUCUGGAGGCAUUGACGGAUAUGGAUGUUGCGAACGAGAUCUUGAAGGACUCAAAGCAGGCAGACGAAGUACACCCGCUGGAUCGUCAGUUCCAGAGUCUGGGCAUGGAGGAGAUGACACGCCUGGACCCCGAAUCAACCGAGUUCAGCGAGCUAUCUGACUACCUGAACAACUCCCGCGGCGCCACACACAACCAGGAGUACCAGGUAAUCGACAUUUUCCGCAUCGAACGCCAAGGCGAAACAGACCGCUUCACCUCCUCCCCCUUCUCGAAGCUCGAAAACAGCGACCGCCGCCUCCUCUGGCACGGCUCCCGCAGCACCAACUUCGGCGGCAUCCUCAGCCAAGGACUCCGCAUCGCACCCCCCGAAGCCCCCGUCAACGGCUACAUGUUCGGCAAGGGCGUCUACCUCGCCGACACAUCCAGUAAAUCCGCCAACUACUGCUGUGCCUGGAACAGCGCCAACACGGGCUUACUCUUGCUCUGCGACGCCGAGCUGGGUGCUCCCAUGUUCGAACUCGCCCGUAGCGACUACCAUGCUGGGGAGAAUGCGAAGAGUGAGGGGAAGAUUGCUACGUUGGGUAUGGGUCGUGAUAUCCCCGGUGGUUGGAAGGAUGCGGGCGUUGUGAAUGGGAAUUUGGAGGGGGUCAAGAUUCCGGAUGUGGGUGUUGGGUCGGUGCAAAGGGAGGAUGCGCAUGUGUACUUGCAGUACAAUGAGUACAUCGUUUAUGAUGUUGCUCAGAUUCGGCAGCGGUAUUUAUUUUAUGUUCACAUGCGCUGA